UUCAGAAGAUGCCUCUGCCCACCUCGACCGAGCUGCUCGACCACCAGAUCGCCGGCCACCGUCACGGUGAAGGGAAACACAAGCUGGGCAUGUUGCGGCAUAAAGACGGGUCCAUUCUCAAACCUCUGGUGCCCAACGACGCCAGAGCCGGACGGGAACACGAGUUCUAUUUGAUGCUCGAACGACACCGUGAAAUGUGCUCCUCGAGAGACAGUUGUGAUGAUCCCAUCCUCCACCAACUCGUGGAUUUCACCCCUCGUUACCUCGGUGUAUUCGAAGGCGAGCUGGACCAGGGUCGGAGUAUCUCGUACAUGAAACUCGAGGAUCUUUGCGGAGGCUUCAAACAGCCCUGUAUCGCCGACAUCAAGAUCGGGAGGAUCAUCCACGACCCUCUGGCGUCAAAAGAAAAAAUCGAGAUCUCAAAAAAACGCUACCCUCCGCAGUUGACGAUCGGAUAUCGACUCUUAGGAAUGCGGGUUGUCGAACGAGGACGGUGUCAUGUGUAUAGUGCAGAGUUCGGAUUGGAACAGACGGAAAAAAGUAUCCCGGAGGCCAUCAAAACAUUCGUCGCCGCCAACGUCGACUGCGUUCCCGCGAUUGUAGAGGAAUUACGGAAAAUCCUGCAGUGGUUCAAGAGUCAAGAGAGAUUUACGUUUUAUUCGAGCUCGAUACUUUUCGUUUACGACGCAGUCGAGCUCAAAACCACCGUUAAAUUAAUCGAUUUCGCGCACGUCUUCCCGGCGACGGGUGCCGAUGAAAACUAUAUCUAUGGCUUGGAGAAACUCUUGGAUCAUUUCUGCAUGGCGAUGGAUAAGCUAUGAACGCCGCAGCGGAAAUUUAGUACCCACGCCAUCUCCGAAAAGUCGUCUUGCGGCACCUCGGAGCACCGACGGGUGCGUUCAUGGUGCUACACGCGUGGAUCCUGGAGUUCAGGAGCUCGGAGAUCGUCAAUCUCAAUUACGUACAUAUGUAUUUGGAUUGUGGAAAACUCUUCCUACCUGAGAAAGAAAAUAAUCUCGCCGCAUCCGAUUCGGUUGAUGCUGCCAAAGACGAUGAUAUCCUUCACCGGACCGGACGGUCGAAACGCGGAUCAUUGGUCCACCUGUCGUCCUAUUCAAUCUAAGAGCGAUCCUCCUCGUGAGCGUGCCGAUGUGCGUCGUUCGGUAAUUGAAUGACGUCGCUUGUGGACUAGAAUAUGUUCUGGACUGACUGAGGCGAAAUCGGAGAGCCACAAACAUACGACCGAUCUAUUCUGAGAUUCCGAGUCAAAGACUGUUAUCAUCAUGCAUUCGAAGUAUUAUUUCCUGGCCUUCUCACAAGAGCCAAGGUCUCCCGCCCGCAAGUUGUCGAUGCUUCGGGAAACUUUCAUCCGUGCUUAGCUAAUUCGGAUUCUGGCGAAUAGGGUAUUGUGU